AUGCAAGUAGGCGGCUCCGAACCAGGUGAGCAUUCCCGGGAAGUGUCAAAAAGUACUCGAAUAGUGUCAAUAUUGAAACGGGAGACAAGAGGGCAUCUCAGUGUCCACUCCUGUCUGUUUGCGUGGUAGAAAAUGGUCAAGGCAGAUAUAAUUGGCAGAGAAUUAGAAAGAAAGGGCCGGAGCAUCUUUUGUUCUACGGGCCGGAAAGGCUGCUGUUUUUGAGAGCAUUGUUCUCAAAAAGUGCGGGUAAAAGCUAUGCACUUUUACUGCAGUGAACGUUAAAAACUUCUUGAAUCGGAAGGUGAAAUGUCGAGGGAAAUUUCAGUUAAUUUCAGAUCAUGCAUCGUCCCAUCCGUGCACACCGCAAUCGUACAAUCCGAUGACUCCGUCCACAUCGCGAAUCGGUACGCCCGUUCGCCCGCCUUCCCAAAUGUCUGCAAUGUCGUCUCGUCCCUAUCCCAGUCAGUGUUGCAAUAUACCUAUUUGUUCGAGAACACCGCCCAACUUUCUUUCGUUUGUUUUGGCGCGCAUUGGCGCCGUUGCCUCGAAAACAUGCGUUUUCCUUUUUCUGCCUCCGCGCCCUUAUCACUCGCAUUUCCCUUUCUUCGUGUCUCGUGCGUUCUCCUCUAAAACUGCCCCAUAAACCGGCCUGACCCGACCCGACGACCAGUCACAAAACCAUUUUGCUCUUUUUUGCAGGUUCUCCAUUCCGCGCACAAAACAUGGAGCCGGCGAAUUCGCGGCUGCAAGAACUGCGAGAAGCUGCUAUUGGACGAAGAGCGCAAAUGUCAGGCUGGAUGCAGAACGGUUAUGGACCGCCGCCAGGGCAGAUGCAACCACCCCGCCCAGGAAGUUAUGUACGUUUUAAUGUUCAAUUUAUAGUUUUCUUUAACUUUUCUCGCUUUUCAGAUGGGUUCCAACGCAUCGACCAUGUCCACAGCUACGAAUAUGUCCAACAUGUCAGGAAUGACGAACAUCACACUCGGCGGAAUGAGCAUGCUCUCGGUGAACACAGAGAUGGACAUGUGGAUGAACCCGGCGCCGCACGAGAGAAUGCUGCGAGUGUCCUACACCACGACCGAGAACCAGGAUCCUAUGAAAAUGCGGAUGAGCGUGCAGGACAUGAUCAAGAAUCUCAAAUCGGCCGACGAAGAGAAUCAGAGAACGGCGCUCCGUAUGCUGGGUCCGAUCGUUCAGGCGUCCCAAUUGGAUCACAAGUACCCGAAGGAUCAGUUGACGGACAUCAUCGCCGCACUUUUCGAGCUGCUUCUUCGACCUGUGGAAAACGAACCCGUUAGUUUUCAGUGCUUUUAUGAGCGUUCUAGCCCUUUUCCCUUCCUUUAGUAUUCAUUUGAAACGCAAAAUACGAUUUUCUCACAAUAAGUAUGCGAAACUUCGCUCUUAUUCACCCCUCCAAAUACGCUCAUAAGUUUCAGAUGAUUCGAAAAACUUUUGAGAUCUUGUUUCAAUUGCUUCAUUCAAAAACCGAUCACCUCGGAAAGUUCGGAUUCUCGAGGAUCUUUAAUUCGAUCAACACAAAGUGGAUGAAGCAACCAGUUAAGACUCACAAAGGAAGCCAGAGCAUUUUUGAUGCGGUCGUUGAGAGAGCCAGAAUUGUCGGGACCGCGUACGAAACGAGGGCGACGCUCCUGCUGCUCCACAUGUGCUCGGACCAUUAUCUGAUGAAAAAAGUGUUUUCGGAUAACCUCUUCUGCAGCAGUCUCCACUCCGAUCUCGCCAGGAGGAUUAUCGAGUUCGCAGUGCAGAAAAUCCGUUCGGAGAAUAUCAACUCAAAGUGUCAGGGAUUCGCCGUCUCGAUUAUCCGAACCCUUUCGAGCAAGAGCAAACAUGUAAGAAAGGCGGCGCUCAGUAUGGAUGUCGUUAAAAUAUUCUUUGAAAUCAUGCGAGAUUGCGACAUCAACGAGGAUCUGAUCUGGUCGACAGUGCAAGGACUGACAGUCUUCUGCAAAGAUCCUAUCAUCGGCGACUAUUUCGUGCGACUCGGCGGAGUCCAAGUUCUCUGUCAGCUUCUGACCCAUGGAUCUUCUCGCUUGAUUCACGAGCUUCUCAAAUGUUUGAGCUAUCUUUCCGACCUGCCAGCAAUCCAGGAGCACGAUAUGACCGAAUCAAUCCACACCCUGAUGCAAGUGCUCGGAUCCUCGGACAUUGUGAUCGUGAACGGUGCAACCGGGACACUUCGCAACAUUGCGCUCCACAACAAGAUGAACAAAGUGAUCAUGGUGCAAAAGAACGUGACGCAUCACGUAUUCGACGUGCUCAAGAUGGCCGCCCAAUUCAAAAGUCAGCCGAGUAAGUUGAAGGGCUAAAAACAAGAUAAUAGUAUGUUCUUCAGUUCAUCCCGAAGAAUUGCGUGUUCUGCUCAAGUCUGUCUACGAGAACUGCUUUUCGAUCCUUUCCAACGUGACGUCGAUGGGUCCGCAGGAAAACAAGGCAUCGGCAGUGGAAGCAUGUCGACGAGUAACAUUCACAACACAAAAGAACUCUGCCGUAACUUCUGUUUUCCAGAUUGCCAAUUAUGCAGACGCGGCUUCCAUUCUCCUUCUAUUCUUCAAUGUCGGCAACCAGAAGUGCAGGAAGAUAACAGUGACAGUCAUGAAGCGAGUCAUAGAGACGGUGCCCCGGUUCGCCGAACCAUUUGUAGAUUUGGUCACAGAAUCAAAUGAUCCGCUCACGGUGCUCCUGCUCCAGAGAGCAUACGAAAGUCACAUUGAAUGGCAGAAAAUAGUAAGUAAAUUUUUUUUUACUGAUUCCAAUAAAUAUUUUGUCACAGAACGCGGAAAUCAUGAAUAGCACCUUGGAGCCGAGCAAACGAAGGGAGCUCGAUGAAAGCCGGACAGACCACGAAGAAAUAGCGAAGCGAUCGUUCGGUCUCCUGACAAACCUGUGCACAAGGGCUAAUCCACGAUUCAUUGAAUCUGUCAUGACACGAAUCAUGUAAGCUUGAUUUUUUUUUUGAAAAACUCAAAUCAGCAAAAGUUUAUUUUCAGAAAUAACGGAUUCAACCCGUUUACGUACUUUGAAAUGCGAGUGAUGAGCGACGCCGUCCUGACCGAAUGUCUCACAUUCAUUUUGGGCUUGUGCAAGACCCCUGAGAACCUCGAACGAGGCCUCCUACUUCACCUACUGCGGACCGCUUCAGUGGGCGAUCAGUUCUUCAUGAGUCUGCAACGGCAGUCGCCGAUAAUCCGUAAGAAAUAUUUGAAACGAGUCGAAGUACAAAUUCACUUUACUUUCAGAAAACAUGCUGCGCGAGAUCUGGGAGCUCGGAAUCCAACAAAACAAUCGCUCACAAAAUCAGAUGGGGCCGCCGAUGUGA